AUGUCCCAUCGGCUUGUCUGGAAUAAAAAGGUCAUCUUGACCCCGGAUUGCUCCACUUGUGUCACUUUGCGUGUCCAUCAAGCAGUCAAAAGUGUUGACUUUGGCCUCGUUUGUCCACAGCGAAGUCGCCACACCAAUCUGGCCAAUCUCUCCAUCCAACCCAUCCUUACGACAGCUUGCAAGUUCUGUCGUGGCCCUCCCUGGAGGAUGAGCGAUGUGUCCACGUUGGACUAUGAGCUGCUCUCGCCGGGGCCGUCGUUCGCCGGGGUCCCCAGCAGCCCACCUCUUGGCGGCGAGCAAAGGACGGCCUUCGUGUUCGUGGGUCUCCUGAUGCUGUUUUUGAUUUUCCUGUUGGUGCGUUGCUUCCGGAUCUUGCUGGACCCCUACAGCCAAAUGCCCGCUUCGGUGUGGACCGAUCAUAAGGACGGCUUCGAGCGGGGCCAGUUUGACUAUGCCCUGGUGUAGUCACAUGACCGAAAGAUGCCAACUACCUUAGCCCAGCCUGUGGCCCGACUCCAACCCUGUAGCUAAUUUCGCUAACACUGUCAUGGGUUCGAUUCCCAGGGAACGCAUGUGCCAUGUAUACCUUGAAAUGUGCUUUGGGUGUAAACACAAAGAACGCUACUGUCUGAAUUAACAGGGUCGUCCGAUUCUUCUGCUGUAGCUACAUCCUCAGGACGGUCAACAAUGA